AAGCCUGUGACUGGGACCCCAGGAGGCCAGCCCAGGGAGCAGGUGCUCAGCCCCUCCUUUACUACCAACAGUGAAAAUCUUCUGCUGGAGCCCAGCCUGGGGUGGCCCAGCAUGGAGGCAGCCACAACUCUGGAGGUGGUCUCAGGCUCCAAGCUGCAGGUGGGAGAAGCCAGUCAUGCAGACGCCGAACAGCCCCAGGCUUCCCUGGGACAGCGGGUGGGCAGCCUCACUCACCAGCUCUUGCCCUCCGUGGAAGAGAACCCCAAGAUCUGGCUACCUCGGGCCCUGAGGCAGACCUACAUCCGGAAGGUUGGAGAAACAGUGAACCUACUAAUCCCAUUCCAGGGCAAGCCCAAACCUCGAGCCACCUGGACACACAAUGGCAGUGCCUUGGACACCAGUCGAGUGAGUGUGCGGAAUGGGGAGCAAGACUCCAUCCUCUUCAUCAGAGAAGCUCAACGUGCUGACUCAGGCCACUACCAACUCUCUGUGAAGCUGGGUGGGCUAGAGGCCACUGCCACAAUUGACAUCCUGGUGAUUGAAAGGCCAGGCCCUCCUCAGAGUAUUAAGUUGGUGGAUGUCUGGGGCUCCAACGCUACGCUGGAAUGGACACCUCCCCAAGAUACAGGCAACACAACACUUCUGGGAUACACGGUGCAGAAGGCUGACACAAAAUCUGGGUUGUGGUUCACCGUGCUGGAGCAAUAUCACCGCAAUAGCUGCAUUGUCUCCAACCUCAUUGUGGGCAACUCCUAUGCCUUUCGUGUCUUUGCUGAAAACCAGUGUGGACUCAGUGAAACAGCCCCUGUCACUGCUGAUCUUGCCCACAUCCAGAAAGCAGCUACUGUUUACAAGACCAAGGGGUUUGCCCAGCGGGACUUCUCUGAAGCCCCAAAGUUUACCCAGCCUCUGGCAGACUGUACUACAAUCACUGGCUAUGAUACCCAGCUCUUCUGCUGUGUCCGCGCUUUUCCCAGGCCCAAGAUCAUCUGGCUGAAGAACAAGAUGGAUAUCCAAGGCAACCCCAAGUACAGAGCCCUCAGUCACCUGGGGAUCUGCUCCCUAGAAAUCCGCAAGCCUGGUCCCUUUGAUGGAGGCAUUUACACCUGCAAGGCAGUAAACGCCCUGGGGGAGGCAUCUGUGGACUGUCGGGUGGACGUGAAAACUCCUAACUGAGGCUACCUAAAAGGACCUGGUGCCUGAGAAAGGGCCUCCAGGAAGCCUGACUGUGACAAGAUGGUGUUCUUAAGGAGCUUUAGCACAAUGUCUGGUUUAAAAUAAUCUAAAUAAAUGUGUGGCUCUUCAGUGCAUC